GCGGGGGCGCUUCGCGGCGAGGCGUCGCGCGGCCGCGCUUGCGCGGGGAGGCGCGUGGCCCCGCGGCUCCUGCAGCUGAGUGAACUCCAACGCGAGCUCAGACCUUCUGGUCCUGGUUGUCAGACCGUGCUCUUUGAGAGUGUAAAGUAGGAUUUUGCUGUAGAAGAGCCGCAAGGAGCCUUUUGAGGUUGUCAGUAUAGAAAGCAGUGCCACAAGCAGCAGCCAUGCCUGCGGAAGGAGGGAAGACGGAUAUGGAGCGGGUCGGCCUCUUCAGUGAGAUGGAGUACAUCACUGUUGGCGACAAAUACGUGUCCCCCUUCAAUCGACCCUUUAAUGAGGCUGCAAGCAAAAAUAAACAGAUGCUACCUGGGGGAUCCAAAGAAAUGUCACAUCUCCAGGCAGGUUAUUUUGAUCCCUAUUUUGUAAGGAUAUUUGAAGGCGAAGGCUAUGUAAAUAUGAACCAAGUGAGGAGACGGCGUAUGAUGGAAGAAGCCAAAAAAAAUCUAGGCAAAGCCUUCCUCCCUAGUAGUGGAGCUAAAAAGCCAUGUGGGUUAGGAAGCUAUUAUGGCACAAUUGGUGGUCCGGUGCCAUUCUUCAGCUCCCAGGCAAAACCCAAAGACAAAUAUCAGGUCCCUGGGAAGAAUUUAUACACAAACCCAGGAAAGAAAGGAACAGGAUAUGGCUAUGCAAAUGUUACCAUAGGUAAACAGUUUUCACACUCUGCUGAUUUCUACGAUGCAGCCAAACUAAAUUUUAAGAAGGAGAAUGAAGAACACCAUCGUUUAGUUAAAGGAACACCUUUCAAGUUACAUCUUUACCCAAGGGAAUAUUUUGACACCAAUCCUUAUUUGUUUGAGAAAGCUUUACCACCAAUUAAAAAAACAGAAAAGAAAAAAUUACCUGCACACACCUUUAAGCCUUCUUCUCCUGGUAAAAAGGCUGGCGGAAUGAAGGCAGGAACAUUUGAUCCUUACCCUUCCCAUUCUGCUGACCCUUAUGUGGCUAAAUUGACAAGCCAGAUUUCCAGCAAAGGUGCUAAGAUUUUCCAUCCACCAAGUGGACCAAAGAGCAGACCAAUGGAAAGCAUAAUGACUUUGAAUGUCAAAAGGGCACUAAAUUCGAAGAACUACAAGACUGCUUCAUUACAGUCCUAUUAGCAUCUGGAAGACAAAUAGCUUUCUAGGUCCUGGCUACCAGUAAUUCAUUAUCAAGUGCUAAUUAUUUGAAAAACACAUAAGAUAUAGAACAGGUAUGUCAGGCAAUUAAAAGAUAUUUAAACCUGCAACUCUAAUAUCCUUCCUUGUUUUAAUACUAUUUCUUAAUGAAUAAAUAGUAUUUGUUAAUCA